GGCACAGGUGAUACAUACACCUGUUCCAGGGACAGUUGCAAGCACAGGUGCCUCUGACUCUCCAGCCUACCAGCUUUAUACCAUGAGUGCAUUUGAUCCACAGACACAUUCUCCAACUCGAUGUGGGCCACAAUUUCCAAACAUUGGGCAAGAACCUCCAGAGAUCAAUAUGUACUGUGACAGCAUCUUCCAUCCUCAGACUAUGCCUAGUCCUCAACGACCUUCAAACUUUGAUACUGGAGAUUACAGCACUACUGCUAAUCCUUAUCUGUGGCUGAAUGGGCCAUCCAUCACACCACCUCCCUACCUGCAAGGAUCCAAUACCAGCCACUUCAUGCCUCAGUCAUAUGGUAUGCAGAGACAGCUUUUGCCUAACAUGCAUGGCUUAGGAGGAUCUGAGUUAGGCUGGCUUCCAAUUCCAACCCAAGAAGAACUCAUGAAAUUGGUGAGACCACCUUAUUCCUACUCAGCCCUAAUUGCGAUGGCAAUACAUGGUGCCCAAGAUAGAAGACUGACACUUAGCCAAAUCUAUCAAUAUGUUGCGGACAACUUUCCUUUCUACAACAAAAGCAAAGCUGGCUGGCAAAACUCUAUCCGGCAUAAUUUAUCCCUAAAUGAUUGCUUCAAAAAAGUUCCAAGGGAUGAAGAUGAUCCAGGAAAAGGAAAUUACUGGACUCUGGACCCAAAUUGUGAAAAAAUGUUUGACAAUGGAAAUUUCCGCAGAAAGAGAAAGAGAAAGUCUGAUACCAAUGGCCAGAUAAUCUCUGAUAAAACAGAAGGGGGUUCACUGCCUGACAGCCCAAAAAAUGGAGAACAUCAAGAAAUGCUGGAGAGUUCUUCACCAGGAACUGAUGACUCAACUGAAAAAAGACUGUCCCCACCCGCCAUAACACCAUGCCUUAACAAUUUUCUCUCUAGCAUGACUACUUAUGUUAACAAUGCCGGUUCUGUAAGCAGAUCAGUAUCACUUGGACUCAGUAAUGAACCAUCUGACAAAAUGGCACAGAAUACAGCUGGUUUCAGCUCAUACUCACCACUUUCAAAUAUACAAAGUCACGGAGGAUCAGACUGGUCCCCUACUGUGUCAUCAAAUCCCUUUGGUUACAGUAGUUCUAUACUAAAUCAAUUCACUCCCCACUUCUACAACAGCCUCACAAACAGUACCCUAUUCUCCCGAGAAGGCACAGAGGUAUAAGUACCAGAAUAAGGUAGAAAA